AUGUCUACGAGCAGCUGUAGUUUCAAUGACCGUGCAGUGGACUUCAUUGGAAGAUGCUAUUUCACUGAAAUUUGCAAAUGUAAACUGAAGGACAUCGCAUGUCUAAAAUGUGGGAACAUUGUAGGUUAUCAUGUGAUUGUUCCAUGUUGUUCCUGCCUUCUUUCCUGCAACAAUGGACACUUUUGGAUGUUUCACAGCCAGGCAGUUUAUGGUAUUAACAGACUAGACUCUACUGGUGUAAACUUCCUACUUUGGGGCAACUUGCCAGAGGUAGAAGAGAGUACAGAUGAAGACAUGUCAGAUAUCUCAGCAGAGGAGUGUAUUAGAUGA